CUUGCACCAAGCCCAUUCCUCUACCAUGCGUGUGAAACAGCUCAAAUCAGCAGAUCCACAUGGACCUUGAGGUGACAGGCUGGCUCUGGAUUCCUCUUCGAAUGGUUCAGAAUGUGGAGGAAAGAGUCCCAGGCAGUCAUUCCUUCAGCUUCACUGAACAAGUUGAAAUCAUCGCAGAAGGAUAAAGUUCGUCAGUUUAUGAUCUUCACACAAUCUAGCGAGAAAACUGCAGUGAGUUGUCUUUCUCAAAAUGACUGGAAGUUAGAUGUUGCAACAGAUAACUUUUUUCAAAAUCCAGAACUUUAUAUCCGGGAGAGUGUAAAAGGAUCCUUGGACAGGAAGAAGUUAGAACAACUGUACAAUAGAUACAAAGAUCCUCAAGAUGAAAAUAAAAUUGGAAUAGAUGGUAUACAACAGUUCUGUGAUGAUCUGGCCCUCGAUCCAGCCAGCAUUAGUGUGUUGAUCAUUGCAUGGAAGUUCAGGGCAGCCACACAGUGCGAGUUCUCCAAACAGGAGUUCAUGGAUGGUAUGACAGAAUUAGGAUGUGACAGCAUAGAAAAACUAAAGGCCCAAAUACCCAAGAUGGAACAAGAAUUGAAAGAACCAGGACGAUUUAAGGAUUUUUACCAGUUUACUUUUAAUUUUGCAAAGAAUCCAGGACAAAAAGGAUUAGAUCUAGAAAUGGCCAUUGCUUACUGGAACUUAGUGCUUAAUGGAAGAUUUAAAUUCUUAGACUUAUGGAAUAAAUUUUUGUUGGAGCAUCAUAAACGAUCAAUACCAAAAGAUACGUGGAAUCUUCUGUUAGACUUCAGCUCAAUGAUUGCAGAUGACAUGUCCAAUUAUGAUGAAGAAGGAGCAUGGCCUGUUCUUAUUGAUGACUUUGUGGAAUUUGCACGCCCUCAAAUUGCUGGGACAAAAAGUACAACAGUGUAGCACUAAAGGAACCUUCUAGAAUGUACAUAGUCUGUACAAUAAAUACAACGGAAAAAUGCACAGUCAAUUUCUGCUGGCUGGACCGAACUGAAGAUCAAUCCUCACGGUUCAAACUGAGGGUUGAGACAAACUCUAAGGAUACAUCUUGGACCAUAUCGUACUCCAUCUUCUACUGGUGGUUUGGGCUUGUCUUCUAGUCUGGGCCACUCUAAACAUUUAUAAUUCCAACAUUGUGGAUUUCAUCUUACCUGUGGACCAUCUUAGUUUGUCUUCCCAUAAGUCAUAGAAGCUCGAUGGUGAUAAUUUUGAGGGUUCCAUUCCUGCAUAAAGCACAAUGCUGUCUUCAUCAGAAAACAGUUUGGCAUAAGAAUUAAACAUAAUAAUGAACACCACAAACAAUUUAUAAAAACUUCUUAAGUAUAUGCUUUGGGCUAGUUGCAAAGACUCUGCUGGUAGCACUUCAAAUGAGAGUGAUUUAUCUGAGUGUACUGGAUCUGGAAUGGUGUUUGGUUGAGGGAAUGUAAUUUUCCUGGCAAACCACAUGUACUGUUGAUGUGAGUGAAAUAGCUGAUGAAAGAAAUGUCAAAAUACCAACACAUGAGAAAAUUUAGGAUGACUUGGUGACUACCUGAAAUAUGUCUUGUGUUUCAGACUCUCUCACAAAGGUUCUCCAACACAGUGUGUGGUUUUCCUGCCCGUGUUUAGACAUAGUAGUCCUGCGGGGAGCUUUUAUUUACAGAUGCUGUAACAGGACAUAGUGUUAGAGUCCACUCACUCUCAAUGCAUCACACACCACAGAACUGGAUUUCACUAUGCUUCUGAAAUGCUUCUACGCCUUUUGAAUAAGUUAAACUAUUUCAUUUGUUUUGAAUGUUUUGCAUUGCUAUACAAUACAAUAUUCUAAAUUUAGGCAUGAGGGUUUAGUUUUUGUUUUUUAAAUUUUUGUCAUCGCACUAUGGAACACAAUGCAGUUCACUUAAUUUAUAAGAAGAUAGUAGGAUUUACAUUUGAGACGUGGUUGUGAUGAGCCGUGAAGUUCAAUAUUUAUCAUAUAGGCACUGCUCUUUCAGGCAAUACUCGAGCCUUGACGACUUGUUAUUGUGUUGAAAUGGCUUUACUGCUAAAUCACUGUGGUUGCCAAAUCUUUCCUCCAAGAGCAGAGAUUUUCAAACAAGCGAGUGCUGGUGCGGAAAACCAAUGGCUCUGUUCUAUAAAUUAUUUGGACUUUUGACUGUUUUUGUCUCACUUGCAUUUGCUAUUUCCACAUCAAAGCAGAACGCUGUCUUGAUUGUAUUUUAUUUUUUUCAUGACAGGACCCAUGAAUCGCUCUCCUGCUGAAAAGGCUUGUUUCUCUGUUAAGACACUGACAUGUGCAAAGGGGUCUUCAUAAAUAUUUCCAGGAGGAUGUUAAAAAUGAUGAACUUAGAUGUUGGAUGUCUGGCCUUCGAUAGGGACAGAGUUUGCUCCAUGUAUCCAGGUCCUCUUCAGGGCACAAAGGAAUGUACUUUGGGAGAGCAGGGCAUUUUAUGCAGAUAUGGAAAUGAUUAAAACUGCUUUUUAGUCACAUGAUUUGGAAAUUGCAUAGAAUGCUUACCUUAUAGAUGUAUCAUUUUUCCAAUCAUAACUUUAAUUUAGAAAACAUUUCAAAUACCAAAAGAAAGCUUGGAGUACAUUUCUAUUCACCUUACAAGAAUUGGCUAUUAAAAGAGAAAAGAAUUUGCUUUUUUCAGUAUUUCUUGAUUUUAUUUUGUAAAUAUGAAGAACUUCAAUUAUGAAAAAAAUUAAAGAUAUACAUACAUAUGUAUAUCUUUAAAAGUUUUACAGACAUAUUGUUUAUUUCCUACGUGGAAUAUUUUGAGUUCUGGUAUUGUUUUCAGAUUGAUUGAUUUAAGUAUGAUUAAUUUUCAAAUGAAAGCCCAUUAGCUUCUCUCCCCACCUCAUAAAUUUUUCUUCAUAAAAAAUCUUAAUAUUCGUUUGUGGCCUAAUGCUUUGAGUUUUACAGAUCUUAUUUUUCAAUGCAAGAUUUUUCCACUUUGUCAUCAGUUUGGUACUAAACAUCUACAAUUACUGUGUAAUUAUAAACAAAAAUAUAUAAAGCUUUAAUAUAAUUAUGUAGCAAAAAAAGUUAAGGUUGUUCACCAUGAUGGCAUCUUAGAAUUAAACAAAACUAUUACUAGGGCUCAAAAAAGAAGACUGAUUUAAUGUGUUUAUUCUGAGGACAAAUGUCUGAUUAUAGGGAAUGGUUUGUACUGAAAUGCUUACACUGUUGGGGGAGGGGCAUCAGUGAGUCUGGAGAGAAACGGCACACACACACACACACACACACACACACACAGCCAGCUUAACUGCUUCAGUUCACAGGUUUCGGUCUUUGUUUGCGUCAGGUCUCCAUGCAGAAUCUUUUUUUCCCCCCAGACAGAACUAUAGGGAGAGUUUACUUUUGCCAAAUGUCAGAACAGGUACACAUUUCUCAAUGUAAUGCUUUUUAAAUAGUAAAAUGUAUAAAAUGAGAAGUACCCACAUAUAAAAAUACUUGAGAUGAAGGUUAUCUUCAGUGACUAUCAUCUGCAUAUCUCUGUAAGCUCAAGUGUGUCUUUUGCAAUCCCUGUCAUAUCACCAACAGAGGCAAUAAAAGCUUCAGUGAAA